AUGGAGAGUGGUAAAGCAUGGUGUACAGAUGUAAAAUAAAUGAGAGUUUGCAUCCUCAGCACCAUGCAUCCCACUGGAUCUGGCACGUGAGCUUGGUGAGAACCACAUGAACACCAAGAAAGAAGCUAUAGCCGCCAAGCAGGCCGCCAAGGCAGCAGGUCCUGCUCUCCCUCUUCCCUCUUCCUUUUUCGUUUCUACUUUGUGAAAAGAAGCUGUAACUGGACUUAAUUAAUCGAAUCUACAAAUAAAGUUGAUCAAAUAGAUUACACUGUCAUGUUUUUAUUUUGUAUGGGAAACUAAAAUAGGCUAUAGGCCUACGUUUUUUUCUAGGACUUUGUAGAAUUAUACAAAACAAAUCCUUGACUCUAAAUAUAUAACUAUUGUUGUUAUUUUUUUAAAGUGAUAUAUUUCCAUUAAUAUUUCUUCAUACAAUUAAUCAUUUACAAUAAUUUAUGCAGUAUUUAUCAAGCAUUUAUUUAUCAAGCAUGUUUGCACACCUUGCAGAUUGAUAUGCAUCUGAUGCAUAUGCUAAAGGGGACGCCCGGCAACAUUCUCUAGCGGGUACUUAUAUGCUGAAAGGCCAGGCGGUUCUAGUAUUAAGCCACGAUGGAAUCAUUGUAUAAGACAAAUCAGAAAUGCUAAAUCUGAUUAUUAUCUAACCGGUCUUUCUGAUUGUAAUGGGAACCCGGCUAAAUUCUGGAAAACUGUCAAAUCCCAGAAGGGUUCUACUUCCUCUUCACUCGCCUCAUUACGGAAAAAAAUGCCAUCAGUGAUGCAUUUAAUCACGAUUUUAUUUCAGCGGCCUCUUUGAAAUAACUUCUAAGCCUGUUCACAAUGAUAUUGGGCUGGAUGCUGAUAGGGGAAACUUGCAAAAUGAUCAGAUAAAUGAUGGUCAAAGCUUUUCUUUUAGGUUAUUUACAGAAAAAUAAGUCCUGGAUGCUUUGCUAGCAAUAGACAACAAGACAUCCACAGGAGCCAACCACUUGGAUCCUGGUCUGCUUAAGUGUGCAGCGCCCAUCAUUGUUGGCUCAAUAACCCACAUGUUUUUACUUACUAACAUUAUCAGGAAAUAUUCCAAAAGUAUGGAAUCAGCUCUUGUGCUGCCACCCCAUACGGGCGGGAUAGUAGUGAUCUUAAUAAGUACCCCCCAUUUCAAGGCUUCCUUGUCUAGCUAAGAUUCUUGAAUCCUUGGUAAAUCUACAACUUUGAUAUUUUUUACCUGAGAAAUGUAAACCAAUCAGGGUUUAGGGCUGGGCAUAGCACUAUUACAGCAACCACUUUAGUUGUUAAUGAUCUUGUCAAUGCUUCAGACACUAAAAUAGAAUGUGCUGUUUUGUUUGUGGACCUGUCAAAAGCUUUUGAUACAGUUGAUUAUGCUAUUUUAUUGAAUAAGUUGUCCUCGAUAGGUCUGAGCUCUGACGCAUGUUCAUGGUUUAAUGAUUAUCUUAGUGACAGAACUCAGGCCAUCAUGAUUGAUGGGGUUAAGUCUGAAUUUCUUGCAGUAUAUAAAGGUGUACCACAGGGGUUGAUUUUGGGACCUGUUCUCUUCACUAUUUAUAUAAACACCAUUGGUCAAUAUGUUAAAAAUUGUAAACUUAAUCUACAGUAUAUGUGGAUGAUACUAGUAUGUACAGUAUGCUAUUGCCCCGACUGUUGAUCUGGCUGUGUCAAAACUACAGUCAGGUUUGAUCUGUUCUUUUUUUUUCUUUUUUUUUGGGGGGGGGGUAGAUCAGCUUUAAUAUUGCAGAUAGAUUGUAACUUCCAUCAAUGUAAUUGUCUGCAUCACUUCCAAUCCCCCAUGUUUUUUAAAAUCGCAAAUAUAUAUAUAUACAAAUACAUACAGUGGGGAAAAAAAGUAUUUAGUCAGCCACCAAUUGUGCAAGUUCUCCCACUUAAAAAGAUGAGAGAGGCCUGUAAUUUUCAUCAUAGGUACACGUCAACUAUGACAGACAAAUUGAGAUUUUUUUUCUCCAGAAAAUCACAUUGUAGGAUUUUUAAUGAAUUUAUUUGCAAAUUAUGGUGGAAAAUAAGUAUUUGGUCAAUAACAAAAGUUUCUCAAUACUUUGUUAUAUACCCUUUGUUGGCAAUGACACAGGUCAAACAUUUUCUGUAAGUCUUCACAAGGUUUUCACACACUGUUGCUGGUAUUUUGGCCCAUUCCUCCAUGCAGAUCUCCUCUAGAGCAGUGAUGUUUUGGGGCUGUCGCUGGGCAACACGGACUUUCAACUCCCUCCAAAGAUUUUCUAUGGGGUUGAGAUCUGGAGACUGGCUAGGCCACUCCAGGACCUUGAAAUGCUUCUUACGAAGCCACUCCUUCGUUGCCCGGGCGGUGUGUUUGGGAUCAUUGUCAUGCUGAAAGACCCAGCCACGUUUCAUCUUCAAUGCCCUUGCUGAUGGAAGGAGGUUUUCACUCAAAAUCUCACAAUACAUGGCCCCAUUCAUUCUUUCCUUUACACGGAUCAGUGGUCCUGGUCCCUUUGCAGAAAAACAGCCCCAAAGCAUGAUGUUUCCACCCCCAUGCUUCACAGUAGGUAUGGUGUUCUUUGGAUGCAACUCAGCAUUCUUUGUCCUCCAAACACGACGAGUUUAGUUUUUACUAUUUUGGUUUCAUCUGACCAUAUGACAUUCUCCCAAUCCUCUUCUGGAUCAUCCAAAUGCACUCUAGCAAACUUCAGACGGGCCUGGACAUGUACUGGCUUAAGCAGGGGGACACGUCUGGCACUGCAGGAUUUGAGUCCCUGGCGGCGUAGUGUGUUACUGAUGGUAGGCUUUGUUACUUUGGUCCCAGCUCUCUGCAGAUCAUUCACUAGGUCCCCCCGUGUGGUUCUGGGAUUUUUGCUCACCGUUCUUGUGAUCAUUUUGACCCCACGGGGUGAGAUCUUGCGUGGAGCCCCAGAUCGAGGGAGAUUAUCAGUGGUCUUGUAUGUCUUCCAUUUCCUAAUAAUUGCUCCCACAGUUGAUUUCUUCAAACCAAGCUGCUUACCUAUUGCAGAUUCAGUCUUUCCAGCCUGGUGCAGGUCUACAAUGUUGUUUCUGGUGUCCAUUGACAGCUCUUUGGUCUUGGCCAUAGUGGAGUUUGGAGUGUGACUGUUUGAGGUUGUGGACAGGUGUCUUUUAUACUGAUAACAAGUUCAAACAGGUGCCAUUAAUACAGGUAACGAGUGGAGGACAGAGGAGCCUCUUAAAGAAGAAGUUACAGGUCUGUGAGAGCCAGAAAUCUUGCUUGUUUGUAGGUGACCAAAUACUUAUUUUCCACCAUAAUUUGCAAAUAAAUUCAUUAAAAAUCAUACAAUGUGAUUUUCUGGAUUUUUUUUCCUCAAUUUGUCUGUCAUAGUUGACGUGUACCUAUGAUGAAAAUUACAGGCCUCUCUCAUAUUUUUAAGUGGGAGAACUUGCACAAUUGGUGGCUGACUAAAUACUUUUUUCCCCCACUGUACAUACAUACAGUGGGGGAAAAAAGUAUUUAGUCAGCCACCAACUUGCAAAAUCCAGAAAAUCACAUUGUAUGAUUUUUAAGUAAUUAAUUUGCAUUUUAUUGCAUGACAUAAGUAUUUGAUACAUCAGAAAAGCAGAACUUAAUAUUUGGUACAGAAACCUUUGUUUGCAAUUAAAGAGAUCAUACGUUUCCUGUAGGUCUUGACCAGGUUUGCACACACUGCAGCAGGGAUUUUGGCCCACUCCUCCAUACAGACCUUCUCCAGAUCCUUCAGGUUUUGGGGCUGUCGCUGGGCAAUACGGACUUUCAGCUCCCUCCAAAGAUUUUCUAUUGGGUUCAGGUCUGGAGACUGGCUAGGCCACUCCAGGACCUUGAGAUGCUUCUUACGGAGCCACUCCUUAGUUGCCUUGGCUGUGUGUUUCGGGUCGUUGUCAUGCUGGAAGACCCAGCCACGACCCAUCUUCAAUGCUCUUACUGAGGGAAGGAGGUUGUUGGCCAAGAUCUCGCAAUACAUGGCCCCAUCCAUCCUUCCCUCAAUACGGUGCAGUCGUCCUGUCCCCUUUGCAGAAAAGCAUCCCCAAAGAAUGAUGUUUCCACCUCCAUGCUUCACGGUUGGGAUGGUGUUCUUGGGGUUGUACUCAUCCUUCUUCUUCCUUCAAACACGGCGAGUAGAGUUUAGACCAAAAAGCUCUAUUUUUGUCUCAUCAGACCACAUGACCUUCUCCCAUUCCUCCUCUGGAUCAUCCAGAUGGUCAUUGGCAAACUUCAGACGGGCCUGGACAUGCGCUGGCUUGAGCAGGGGGACCAUGCGUGCGCUGCAGGAUUUUAAUCCAUGACGGCGUAGUGUGUUACUAAUGGUUUUCCCUGAGACUGUGGUCCCAGCUCUCUUCAGGUCAUUGACCAGGUCCUGUCGUGUACAGUGGGGGAAAAAAGUAUUUAGUCAGCCACCAAUUGUGCAAGUUCUCCCACUUAAAAAGAUGAGAGAGGCCUGUAAUUUUCAUCAUAGGUACACGUCAACUAUGACAGACAAAUUGAGAAAAAAAAUUCCAGAAAAUCACAUUGUAGGAUUUUUUAUGAAUUUAUUUGCUGAUUAUGGUGGAAAAUAAGUAUUUGGUCACCUACAAACAAGCAAGAUUUCUGGCUCUCACAGACCUGUAACUUCUUCUUUAAGAGGCUCCUCUGUCCUCCACUCGUUACCUGUAUUAAUGGCACCUGUUUGAACUUGUUAUCAGUAUAAAAGACACCUGUCCACAACCUCAAACAGUCACACUCCAAACUCCACUAUGGCCAAGACCAAAGAGCUGUCAAAGGACACCAGAAACAAAAUUGUAGACCUGCACCAGGCUGGGAAGACUGAAUCUGCAAUAGGUAAGCAGCUUGGUUUGAAGAAAUCAACUGUGGGAGCAAUUAUUAGGAAAUGGAAGACAUACAAGACCACUGAUAAUCUCCCUCGAUCUGGGGCUCCACGCAAGAUCUCACCCCGUGGGGUCAAAAUGAUCACAAGAACGGUGAGCAAAAAUCCCAGAACCACACGGGGGGACCUAGUGAAUGACCUGCAGAGAGCUGGGACCAAAGUAACAAAGCCUACCACUACUCCGCCAGGGACUCAAAUCCUGCAGUGCCAGACGUGUCCCCCUGCUUAAGCCAGUACAUGUCCAGGCCCGUCUGAAGUUUGCUAGAGUGCAUUUGGAUGAUCCAGAAGAGGAUUGGGAGAAUGUUAUAUGGUCAGAUGAAACCAAAAUAGAACUUUUUGGUAAAAACUCAACUCGUCGUGUUUGGAGGACAAAUAAUGCUGAGUUGCAUCCAAAGAACACCAUACCUACUGUGAAGCAUAGGGGUGGAAACAUCAUGCUUUGGGGCUGUUUUUCUGCAAAGGGACCAGGACGACUGAUCCGUGUAAAGGAAAGAAUGAAUGGGGCCAUGUAUCGUGAGAUUUUGAGUGAAAACCUACUUCCAUCAGCAAGGGCAUUGAAGAUGAACGUGGCUGGGUCUUUCAGCAUGACAAUGAUCCCGAACACACCGCCUGGGCAACGAAGGAGUGGCUUCGUAAGAAGCAUUUCAAGGUCCUGGAGUGGCCUAGCCAGUCUCCAGAUCUCAACCCCAUAGAAAAUCUUUGGAGGGAGUUGAAAGUCUGUGUUGCCCAGCGACAGCCCCAAAACAUCACUGCUCUAGAGGAGAUCUGCAUGGAGGAAUGGGCCAAAAUACCAGCAACAGUGUGUGAAAACCUUGUGAAGACUUACAGAAAACGUUGGACCUGUUUCAUUGCCAACAAAGGGUAUAUAACAAAGUAUUGAGAAACUUUUGUUAUUGGCCAAAUACUUAUUUUCCACCAUAAUUUGCUAAUAAAUUCAUUAAAAAUCCUACAAUGUGAUUUUCUGGAAAAAAUAAUCUCAUUUUGUCUGUCAUAGUUGACGUGUACCUAUGAUGAAAAUUACAGGCCUCUCUCAUCUUUUUAAGUGGGAGAACUUGCACAAUUGGUGGCUGACUAAAUACUUUUUUCCCCCACUGUAGUUCUGGGCUGAUCCCUCACCUUCCUCAUGAUCAUUGAUGCCCCACGAGGUGAGAUCUUACAUGGAGCCCCAGACCGAAGGUGAUUGACCGUCAUCUUGAACUUCUUCCAUUUUCUAUUAAUUGCGCCAACAGUUGUUGCCUUCUCACCAAGCUGCUUGCCUAUUGUCCUGUAGCCCAUCCCAGCCUUGUGCAGGUCUACAAUUUUAUCCCUGAUGUCCUUACACAGCUCUCUGGUCUUGGCCAUUGUGGAGAGGUUGGAGUCUGUUUGAUUGAGUGUGUGGACAGGUGUCUUUUAUACAGGUAACGAGUUCAAACAGGUGCAGUUAAUACAGGUAAUGAGUGGAGAACAGGAGGGCUUCUUAAAGAAAAACUAACAGGUCUGUGAGAGCCGGAAUUCUUACUGGUUGGUAGGUGAUCAAAUACUUAUGUCAUGCAAUAAAAUGCAAAUUAAUUACUUAAAAAUCAUACAAUGUGAUUUUCUGGAUUUUUGUUUUAGAUUCCGUCUCUCACAGUUGAAGUGUACCUAUGAUAAAAAUUACAGAUCUCUACAUGCUUUGUAAGUAGGAAAACCUCCAAAAUCGGCAGUGUAUCAAAUACUUGUUUUCCCCACUGUAUAUACAUAUAUACACAUACAUAUACAUUUCCUUUAAAAAAUAUAUUUCCCUUUAUUACUUUCUAACCCUACCACCCCUUCCCUAAUUUGAGUAAACUAGUGAACAACAAUGCUUAGGCCUCUACUUCCAGCUUAUACAUACUAUAUCCAUUUGGUUUGAUUUGUUCUUUGUUAUGGUAAUAUUAUUUAUCAAUUUGCAGAUGCUACUGCUCUUAAACCUUUGGAUGCCAUCUAGCAUAGUGCCCUUCGUUUUGUUACAGGUGACAGUUUUGAUACUCAUCACUGCAUCCUGUAUCAGAAGGUUGGCUGGACUUCACUAAAGACCCGUAGAUCUCUACAUUACUCCCUUUUUGUUUACAAGGCCCUACUUCAUAAACUUCCUUCUUAUCUAACUUUGCUGUUGAAGUAUAGACCACAGGAGGUUGGUGGCACCUUAAUUGGGGAGGACAGGCUCGUGGUAAUGGCUGGAGCGGAAUUGGUGGAAUGGUAUCAUUCCAUUUGCUCCAUUCCGUCCAUUAUUAUGAACCGUCCUCCCCUGGUAUAGACACCUGAGUUGCCUUAACCAAUCCUGUGAACGGGGUAAACUCUUGAGGUUCCUAGGGUCUCCACCGAGACACAAGAACUGCUCGUCGGGAGCGUCAUGAAAAGGGUUUCCAUGCUCGUCGGGAGCGUCAUGAAAAGGGUUUCCAUGGCCGAGCAGCCAUACACAAGCCUAAGAUCACCAUGCGCAUUGCCAAGUGUCGGCUGGAGUGGUGUAAAGCUCGCCGUCAUUGGACUCUGGAGCAGUUGAAACACGUUCUCUGGAGUGAUGAAUCACGCUUCAUCAUCUGGCAGUCCGACGGACACCUGUGGGUUUGGCGGAUACCAGGAGAACGCUACCUGCCCGAAUGCAUACUGCCAACUGUAAAGUUUGGUGGAGGAGGAAUAAUGUUCUGGGGCUGUUUUUAAUGGUUCAGGCUAGGCCCCUUAAUUCCAGUGAAGGGAAAUCUUAACGCUACAGCAUACAAUGACAUUCUAGACGAUUCUGUGCUUCCAACUUUGUGGCAACAGUUUGGUGAAUGCCCUUUCCUGUUUCAGCAUGACAAUGCCCCCGUGCACAACGCAAGGUCCAUACAGAAAUGGCUUGUCGAGAUCGGUGUGGAAGAACUUGACUGGUCUGCACAGAGCCCUGACCUCAACCCCAUCGAACGCCUUUGGGAUGAAUUGGAACGCUGACUGCGAGCCAGGCCUAAUCACCCAACAUCAGUGCCCGACCUCACUAAUGCUCUUGUGACUGAAUAGAAGCAAGUCCCUGCAGCAAUGUUCCAACAUCUAGUGGAAAGCCUUCCCAGAAGAGUGGAGGCUGUUAUAGCAGCAAAGGGGGACCAACUUCAUAUUAAUGGCCAUGAUUUUGGAAUGAAAUGUUCUACAAGCAGGUGUCCACAUACUUUUGGUCAUGUAGUGUAUAUAUAGGAAGACAUAUUGAGACCUAAGCCCUGUAUUAUACAAUAUAAAAUACACAUUAGACACACACAUUUUGUUUUUAUAUGUAUUUCACAUGACUGGAAAUACAGAUAUGCAUCUGUUGGUCACAGAUACCUUUAAAAAAUGGCCUCACAACAGGCCUCAGGACCUCGUCACUGUAUUUUUGUGCAUUGAAAUUGCCAUCCAUAAAAAUAUUUUAUUUUCAUUGUCCAUAACUUAUGCCUGCCCAUACCAUAACCCCACCGCCACCAUUACAUUUACAUUUUAGUCAUUUAGCAGACGCUCUUAUCCAGAGCGACUUACAGUUAUUGAAUGGAUACAUUUUUCAUACUGGCCCCCCGUGGGAAACGAACCCACAACCCUGGCGUUGCAAGUGCCAUGCUCUACCAACUGAGCUACAGGGCACUUUGUUCACAAUGUUGACAUCAGCAAACCGCUCGCCCACACAACUCCAUACACGUCGUCUGUGGUUGUGAGGCCGGUUGGACGUACUGCCAAAUUCUCUAAAACGAUGUUGGAAGUGGCUUAUGGUAGAGAAAUGAACAUUAAAUUCUCUAGCAACAGCUCUGGUGGACAUUCCUGCAGUCAGCAUGCCAAUUGCACGAUCCCUCAAAACUUGAGAUGUCUGUGGCAUUGUGUUGUGUGACAAAACUGCACAUUUUAGAGUGGCCUUUUACUGUCCCCAGCACUGCAGGGUGUUGUAGUUUAUCUGUUGGUUGGUCAGCCUUCUAAUCACUGCAGGGUGUUGUAGUUUAUCUGUUGGUUGGUCAGCCUUCUAAUCACUGCAGGGUGUUGUAGUUUAUCUGUUGGUUGGUCAGCCUUCUAUUGUGUUGUAGUGUUGGAGAAUUGAGAUGAGUUAAAACAGGAAACCAGUGUGAUAAAUAAAUAUGAUCAGAUGUGUCUUUCAUUAUUCAUAUCUCUACUGUUCAUCUAGUGAGCGUGUGCAGACAGGACAGGCUCUAGUGAGCGUGUGCAGACAGGACAGGCUCUAGUGAGCAUGUGCAGACAGGACAGGCUCUAGUGAGCGUGUGCAGACAGGACAGGCUCUAGUGAGCGUGUGCAGACAGGACAGGCUCUGGUGAGCGUGUGCAGACAGGACAGGCUCUGGUGAGCGUGUGCAGACAGGACAGGCUCUGGUGAGCGUGUGCAGACAGGACAGGCUCUAGUGAGCGUGUGCAGACAGGACAGGCUCUAGUGAGCGUGUGCAGACAGGACAGGCUCUAGUGAGCGUGUGCAGACAGGACAGGCUCUAGUGAGCGUGUGCAGACAGGACAGACUCUAGUGAGCGUGUGCAGACAGGACAGGCUCUAGUGAGCGUGUGCAGACAGGACAGGCUCUAGUGAGCGUGUGCAGACAGUCCUCUGAGCAGCAGGGCUGGGACCUUAUGAGACACCCUUCUCUCUUUACUGCAGGAGACCAAUGAGAUUGUGGCCAUUAAGAAGUUCAAGGACAGUGAAGGUAAGAGGCCUUUCUUUAAUCAGGAAAUAAUUAAUUUUAAGUCCUGUGAUAAAGAAUGCUGACUUCCUCUAUUCUUCAUCAUCCUCUGUUCUGUUAUGGGUGUCUGUCUCUCUCUUUCUCACGUAUGCUUCUUGUCUCAUGGGUUCUCCUGUCUCUCUCACUCCUGUCUGUCUCUCUCCUCUCGUGGGUUCUCCUGUCUUUCUGUCCUCUCAUCCUGUCUGUCUCUCCUCACCUGUCUCUCUCCUCUCAUGGUUCUCCUGUCUGUCCACUCACCCUGUCUUUCUCCUUUCCUGUCUCUAUCCCUUUGUGGGUUCUCCUGUCUGUCUCUAUACUCUCAUCCUGUCUCUCUAUCCUCUCAUCCUGUCUCUCUCUCCUCUCAUCCUGUCUCUCUGUCCUCUCUUCCUGUCUGUCUCUGUCCUCUCAUCCUGUCUCUCUGUCAUACUCCUCGUCCUCUCAUCCUGUCUCUCUCUCCUCUCAUCAUGUCUGUCUCUUCCUCUCAUCCUGUCUCUCUGUCUCAUCAUCCUGUCUUCUCUGUCCUCUCAUCCUGUCUGUCUCUGUCCUCUCAUCCUGUCUCUCUCCUCCAUCUGUCUCUUCCUCCAUCCUGUCUCUCUGUCCUCUCAUCCUGUCUGUCUCUGUCCUCUCAUCCUGUCUCUCUGUCCUCUCAUCCUCUCUGUCCUCUCAUCCUCUCUAUCCUCUCAUCCUGUCCUUCAUUCAUCCUGUCCUGUCCUCAUCCUGUCUGUCUCUGUCCUCUCAUCCUGUCUCUCUGUCCUCCUCAUUCCUGUCUCUCUGUCCCUCAAUCCUGUCUGUCUCCUGUCCUCUCAUCCUGUCUAUCUCUGUCCUCUCAUCCUGUCUGGCCUCUGUCCUCUCAUCCUGUCUCUCUGUCCUCUCAUCCUGUCUCUCGGUCCUCUUCAUUCCUGUCUGCUCUGUCCUCUCAUCAUUGCUCCUGUGCCUCUCAUCCUGUCUGUCUCUGUCCUCUCAUCCUGUCUGUCUCUGUCCUCCUCAUCCUGUCUCUGUCUCUGUCCUCACCCCUGUCCUCCGGUCCUCUCAUCCUGUCUGCGCUGUCCUCUCAUCCUGUCAAAAGUCUCUGUCUCUCCUCCUGUCUGUCUCUGUCCUCUCAUCCUGUUCUCUCUCUCUCUUCCUGUCUCUCUGUCCUCUCAUCCUGUCUCUCUGUCCUCUCAUCCUGUCUGUCUCUGUCCUCUCAUCCUGUCUCGUCUCUCUUCCUGUCUUCUGUCCUCCAUCUGCUCUCUGUCUCUCCUCCAUCCUGUCUCUCUGUCUCCUCUCAUUCCUGUCUCUCUGUCCUCUCAUCCUGUCUGUCUCUGUCCUCUCAUCCUGUCUCUCUGUCCUCUCAUCCUGUCUCAUCUGUCCUCUCAUCCUGUCUCUCUGUCCUCUCAUCCUGUCUCUCUGUCCUCUCAUCCUGUCUCUGUCCUCUCAUCCUCGUCUCUGUCCUCGUCUUCCUUCUCUCUGUCCUCAUCCCUGUCUCUCUGUCCUCUCAUCCUGUCUGUCUCUGUCCUCUCAUCCUGUCUGUCUCUCUCCUCUCUCCUCCAUCCUGUCUCUCUGUCCUCUCAUCCUGUCUCUCUGUCCUCUCAUCCUGUCUGUCUCUGUCCUCUCAUCCUGUCUCCUCUCCUCUCAUCCUGUCUCUCUGUCCUCUCAUCCUGUCUCUCUGUCCUCUCAUCCUGUCUGUCUCUGUCCUCUCAUCCUGUCUCUCUGUCCUCUCUUCCUGUCUGUCUCUGUCCUCUCAUCCUGUCUGUCUCUGUCCUCUCAUCCUGUCUGUAUGUCUCCUCUCAUCCUGUCUGUCUCCUUUCCCCAGAGAAUGAGGAGGUUAAGGAGACAACACUCCGGGAGCUGAAGAUGCUCCGAACCCUGAAGCAGGAGAACAUCGUGGAGCUGAAGGAAGCCUUCCGCAGGAGAGGGAAACUCUACCUGGUGUUUGAGUAUGUAGAGAAGGUAUGACUAGCUUCACUUGUAGUCUCCUGCAGUUAAUGUUCAUUAUAUAUCAGCAUAAUAAGACUUCUGAAGCCUUCAAAUGAAAGUUUAGAUGUUGAUGAUGUUGAUAAAAUAUAUUGGCAGGAGAAUGAUCCUGAUCCCUUCUGUUGGUGUGUUUCAGAACAUGCUGGAGCUGCUGGAAGAGCUUCCGAACGGAGCGCCGUCUGAUAAAGUCAGGAACUACAUCCACCAGCUGAUCAAAGCUAUCCACUGGUGUCAUAAGAACGACAUCGUCCACCGGGGUAAGGAGACAUGAUGCUAUAGGAACCAGAAGGGAUUUAAUCUCAUCGUUCCAUUAGGCCCUAAUGCUCUUCAGUUAAUAUGAAGUCCCAGCAUUCCUCUGUCCCAGCAUUCCUCUGUCCCAGCAUUCCUCUGUCCCAGCAUUCCUCUGUCCCAGCAUUCCUCUGUCCCAGCAUUCCCCUGUCCCAGCAUUCCCCUGUCCCAGCAUUCCUCUGUCCCAGCAUUCCUCUGUCCCAGCAUUCCUCUGUCCCAGCAUUCCUCUGUCCCACCAUUCCUCUGUCCCAGCAUUCCUCUGUUCCAGCAUUCCUCUGUCCUGCAUUCCUCUGUCCCAGCAUUCCUCUGUCCUGCAUUCCUCUGUCCCAGCAUUCCUCUGUCCCAGCAUUCCUCUGUCCCAGCAUUCCUCUGUCCUGCCAUGACAUCUUCUCUGGUUUGAUAGUCUAACAGUCUGUUCAGUAUCUCAGAUGAUGAGAGCUGGUGACUUGGAGUACAGCAACACUCCGGAUGGUCUGCCAUCUAUCAGACAACAUGAGGCAAACCAUAUCCCCUCAAUAUGACCUGACUCAGUUGUGAUAUGAUUCUCUGGUUUUCUGAAGUACAAGUAGACAUGAUGCUGUUCCCAUCUGACAUUUUAGUGACAGCAGUGUUACUGUUAGUGUUAAAGUAAUGACACCCCCUGCAAGCCGUGAACUGACAUGCUCCUGUUUCUCGCUCUGUCUGUCUCUCUGUCUCUCUCUCCUGUCGUCUCUCCCUCCUGUCUCUUUCUCUGUCUGUCUCUCCUGCCUGUCUCUCCCUCCUGCCUGUCUCUCUGUCUCUCUCUCCUGUCUGUCUCUCCCUCUCUCUCUCCUGUUUGUCUCUCCCUCCUGUCUGUCUCUAUGUAUCUCCCUCCUGUCUGUCUCGCUGUCUGUCUCCCUGUCUCUCCCUCCUCUCUGUCUCUCCCUCCUGUCUGUCUCUCUGUCUCUCCCUCCUGUCUGUCUCUCUGUCUUUCCCUCCUGUCUGUCUCUCUCUCCUGUCUGUCUCUCCCUCCUGUCUGUCUCUCUGUCUCUCCCUCCUGUCUGUCUCUCUGUCUUUCCCUCCUGUCUGUCUCUCUCUCCUGUCUGUCUCUCCUUCCUGUCUGUCUCUCUGUCUCUCCCUCCUGUCUGUUUCUCUGUCUCUCCCUCCUGUCUGUCUCUCCCUCCUGUGUGUCUCUCUGUCUCUCCCUCCUGUCUGUCUCUCUAUCUUUCCCUCCUGUCGUCUCUCCCUCCUGUCUGUCUCUCUGUCUCUCUCCUGUCUGUCUCUCCCUCCUGUCUGUCUCUCUGUCUCCCUCCUGUCUGUCUCUCUGUCUCUCCCUCCUGUCUGUCUCUCUGUCUCUCCCUCCUGUCUGUCUCUCUGUCUCUCCCCCUGUCUGUCUCUCUGUCUCUCCCUCCUGUCUGUCUCUCUGUCUCUCCCUCCUGUCUGUCCCUCCCUCCUGUCUGUCUCUCUGUCUCUCCCUCCUGUCUGUCUCUCUGUCUCUCCCUCCUGUCUGUCUCUCCCUCCUGUCUGUCCCUCCCUCCUGUCUGUCUCUCUGUCUCUCCCUCCUGUCUGUCUCUCUGUCCUCCCUCCUGUCUGUCUCUCUGUCUCUCCCUCCUGUCUGUCUCUCUGUCUCUCCCUCCUGUCUGUCUCUCUAUCUUUCCCUCCUGUCGUCUCUCCCUCCUGUCUGUCUCUCUGUCUCUCUCCUGUCUGUCUCUCCCUCCUGUCUGUCUCUCUGUCUCUCCCUCCUGUCUGUCUCUCUGUCUCUCCCUCCUGUCUGUCUCUCUGUCUCUCUCCUGUCUGUCUCUCCCUCCUGUCUGUCUCUCUGUCUCUCUCCUGUCUGUCUCUCUCCUGUCUGUCUCUCUGUCUCUCCCUCCUCUCUGUCUCUCCCUCCUGUCUGUAUCUCUGUCUCUCCCUCCUGUCUGUCUCUCUGUCUCUCCCUCCUGUUUGUCUCUCUUGCUGUCUCUCUCUCUUCCUGUCUCUCUCUCUCUCUCUUUCUGUCUGUCUCUCUCUCCUCAGAUAUAAAGCCAGAGAACCUUCUCAUCAGUUCUGAUGACGUCCUCAAGCUAUGUGACUUCGGUGAGCAGAGCAACCUGUCUGUCUGUCUGUCAUCCUCAUUCAGUCAAUGACAGGACCAACCUAUUAGAGAAACGUUAGUCUCUACUGUACUACCUGUAUCAACUGUUUUUUUCUCUCCAUUUAUUCAAACCUUAGACAUUAACAUGUUGAUUUAAGUUCCCAUAGAAACAGCUAGUCUCCAUAUGGAAUGAUGUUAGUCUGUCUUCUCUCUGGAAGGUUCCAGUGUCUGUCUGACACUCCGAGCCUCAGCAGGUUGUCGGUCUCUCACCACAGAUUGGCAACAUCAUGUCAGACACCAUAUGUUGACAGCCACAGCUCCUCUCCCGUCAUGUUACCUUGGUGUUGUUACUAACCACACUGAGUCAUUCAACACUCUUGUAUUGAUAGCUACUGUUUAUACAUUUAUUUUCUUUCCCCAAUUCUUUGAAUGCUGUUUCAUUCUUUCUUUCAUUGUCAUGUGAUAAUAUUCUGCUGCAUGUCCAGUCAGUCAGGUUGGUGUUCUGGUGGGACCGGUCCAUACACUAUGAUAAAGUCAGGUUGGUGUUCUGGUGGGACCGGUCUAUACACUAUGAUAAAGUCAGGUUGGUGUUCUGGUGGGACCGGUCCAUACACUAUGAUAAAGUCAGGUUGGUGUUCUGGUGGGACCGGUCCAUACACUAUGAUAAAGUCAGGUUGGUGUUCUGGUGGGACCGGUCCAUACACUAUGAUAAAGUCAGGUUGGUGUUCUGGUGGGACCGGUCCAUACACUAUGAUAAAGUCAGGUUGGUGUUCUGGUGGGACCGGUCCAUACACUAUGAUAAAGUCAGGUUGGUGUUCUGGUGGGACCGGUCCAUACACUAUGAUAAAGUCAGGUUGGUGUUCUGGUGGGACCGGUCCAUACACUAUGAUAAAGUUAGGUUGGUGUUCUGGUGGGACCGGUCCAUACACUAUGAUACACUAGCAGUAGAUCUACAGUCUAUGUUUAGCUGCUCAGUGAUGACUCAUUCUGUUCACUCAAUUAAUACAGAGAGCGAGAGACAUUGGGUCUGACUGGUUGUUCUUAGACUGUUGUUGUUCCUGUGUCCUCAUCAUCCUACUGAAAUUAGUUGACUGUCUUAGCUGUGUUCCUGGUUAGUUGGUCUUUGAGGUCACUUCCUGUCCUCUCUUAUUCAGGCUUCGCCCGUAAUCUCUCAGAGGGAAAUGAUGCCAACUACACAGAGUACGUGGCCACUAGAUGGUACCGUUCUCCAGAACUACUCCUGGGGUGAGUUUGGUGUGUGCAGUACAGGCUGAGUCCAUUCUACCUGGAUACUGCAGACAUGAACCAUACAAUUAUAAUGACCAACACCCUCUCUCCACCCUGUCUCCCCUUGUCUCCCCCCUGUCUCCCCUGUCUCCCCUCUCUCCCCCCUGUCUCCACCCCGUCUCCCCUCUCUCUCCCCCCUGUCUCCCCCCUGUCUCCACCCUGUCUCCCCUCUCUCUCCCCCCUGUCUCCCCUCUCUCUCCCCCCUGUCUCCCCUCUCUCUCCCCUCUCUCUCCCCCCUGUCUCCCCCUGUCUCCCCCUCUCCUCUCCCCCCCUCUCUCCCCCCCCCCUGUCUCCCCCCUGUCUCCCCUCUCUCUCCCCCUGUCUCCCCCUGUCUCCCCUCUCUCCCCCCCUGUCCCCCCCUGUCUCCCCCCUGUCUCCCCUCUCUCUCCCCCCUGUCUCCCCUCUCUCUCCCCCCUGUCUCCCCUCCCCCAGGGCACCAUAUGGUAAGGCAGUGGACAUGUGGUCAGUAGGCUGUAUCCUGGGGGAGCUGAGUGAUGGCCAGCCGUUGUUCCCAGGAGAGAGUGAGAUAGAUCAGCUCUUCACCAUCCAGAAGGUCCUGGGACCGCUGCCUACUGAACAGAUGAAACUCUUCUACAAUAACCCUCGAUUCCACGGGCUACGGGUAGGACAGGCUGGACUCUCUCUGCUCUCACAACUCUCGCAUCUCUGUCCACCUCUCUUCCCCUCAUUCCCCCUCACAUGCUCUCUCACUCUUCUCUUCCUAUUUUCUCCCACUCACUCCAUCGUCUCUCUCUCUCUGGCCUUAUUUCAGUAUUCUCUCUCUCUGGUCUUAUUUCAGUAUUAUCUCUCUCUGGUCUUAUUUCAGUAUUCUCUCUCUCUGGUCUUAUUUCAGUAUUCUCUCUCUCUCUCUGGUCUUAUUUCAGUAUUCUCUCUCUCUCUCUGGUCUUAUUUCAGUAUUCUCUCUCUCUCUCUGGUCUUAUUUCAGUAUUCUCUCUCUGGUCUUAUUUCAGUAUUCUCUCUCUCUCUCUGGUCUUAUUUUAGUAUUCUCUCUCUCUCUCUCUCUGGUCUUAUUUCAGUAUUCUCUCUCUCUCUCUGGUCUUAUUUCAGUAUUAUCUCUCUCUCUCUGGUCUUAUUUCAGUAUUCUCUUUCUCUCUCUGGUCUUAUUUCAGUAUUCUCUCUCUCUGGUCUUAUUUCAGUAUUCUCUCUCUCUCUCUCUCUGGUCUUAUUUCAGUAUUCUCUCUCUCUGGUCUUAUUUCAGUAUUAUCUCUCUCUCUCUGGUCUUAUUUCAGUAUUCUCUCUCUCUCUGGUCUUAUUUCAGUAUUCUCUCUCUCUCUGGUCUUAUUUCAGUAUGCUCUCUCUCUCUGGUCUUAUUUCAGUAUUCGCUCUCUCUGGUCUUAUUUCAGUAUUAUCUCUCUCUCUGGUCGUAUUUCAGUAUUCUCUCUCUCUCUGGUCUUAUUUCAGUAUUCUCUCUCUCUCUCUGGUCUUAUUUCAGUAUUCUCUCUCUGGUCAUAUUUCAGUAUUCUCUCUCUCUGGUCUUAUUUCAGGAUUCUCUCUCUCUGGUCUUAUUUCAGUAUUCUCUCUCUCUCUCUGGUCUUAUUUCAGUAUUCUCUCUCUCUGGUCUUAUUUCAGUAUUCUCUCUCUCUCUGGUCUUAUUUCAGUAUUCUCUCUCUCUGGUCUUAUUUCAGUAUUCUCUCUCUCUGGUCUUAUUUCAGUAUUCUCUCUCUCUCUCUGGUCUUAUUUCAGUAUUCUCUCUCUCUGGUCUUAUUUCAGUAUUCUCUCUCUCUGGUCUUAUUUCAGUAUUCUCUCUCUCUCUCUCUCUGGUCUUAUUUCAGUAUUCUCUCUCUCUCUGGUCUUAUUUCAGUAUUCUCUCUCUCUGGUCUUAUUUCAGUAUUCUCUCUCUCUCUCUGGUCUUAUUUCAGUAUUCUCUCUCUCUCUCUCUGGUCUUAUUUCAGUAUUCUCUCUUUCUCUCUGGUCUUAUUUCAGUAUUCUCUUUCUCUCUGGUCUUAUUUCAGUAUUCUCUCUCUCUGGUCUUAUUUCAGUAUUCUCUCUCUCUGGUCUUAUUUCAGUAUUCUCUCUCUCUGGUCUUAUUUCAGCAUUCUCUCUCUCUCUCUCUGGUCUUAUUUCAGUAUUCUCUCUCUCUGGUCUUAUUUCAGUAUUCUCUCUCUCUCUCUGGUCUUAUUUCAGUAUUCUCUUUCUCUCUGGUCUUAUUUCAGUAUUCUUUCUCUCUCUGGUCUUAUUUCAGUAUUCUCUCUCUGGUCUUAUUUCAGUAUUAUCUCUCUCUCUCUGGUCUUAUUUCAGUAUUCUCUCUCUCUCUGGUCUUAUUUCAGUAUUCUCUCUCUCUCUGGUCUUAUUUCAGUAUGCUCUCUCUCUCUGGUCUUAUUUCAGUAUUCGCUCUCUCUGGUCUUAUUUCAGUAUUAUCUCUCUCUCUCUGGUCGUAUUUCAGUAUUCUCUCUCUCUCUGGUCUUAUUUCAGUAUUCUCUCUCUCUCUCUGGUCUUAUUUCAGUAUUCUCUCUCUGGUCAUAUUUCAGUAUUCUCUCUCUCUGGUCUUAUUUUAGGAUUCUCUCUCUCUGGUCUUAUUUCAGUAUUCUCUCUCUCUCUCUGGUCUUAUUUCAGUAUUCUCUUUCUCUCUGGUCUUAUUUCAGUAUUCUUUCUCUCUCUGGUCUUAUUUCAGUAUUCUCUCUCUCUCUCUCUCUCUGGUCUUAUUUCAGUAUUCUCUCUCUCUCUCUCUCUCUGGUCUUAUUUCAGUAUUCUCUCUCUCUCUGGUCUUAUUUCAGUAUUCUCUCUCUCUCUCUGGUCUUAUUUCAGUAUUCUCUCUCUCUCUGGUCUUAUUUCAGUAUUCUCUUCUCUCUCUGGUCUUAUUUCAGUAUUCUCUCUCUCUGGUCUUAUUUCAGUAUUCUCUCUCUCUCCUGGUCUUAUUUCAGUAUUCCUCUCUCUCUGGUCUUAUUUCAGUAUUCUUCUCCUGUCUAUUCUAUCUCUCCUCUCUGGUCUUCGUAUUCCUCUCUAGGUCUUUCAGUAUUCUCUCUCUCUCUGGUCUUAUUUCCACUAUUCUCUCCUCUCUCUGGUCUUAUUUCAGUAUUACUCUCUCUCUCUGGUCUUAUUUCAGAUUUCUCUCUCUCUCUGGUCUUAUUUCAGUAUUUUUUCUCUCUCUCUCUCUGGUCUUAUUUCAGUUAUUCUCUUCUGGUCUAUUUCAGAUUCCUCUCUCGGUCUUAUUUCAGUAUGCUCCUCUCCUCCUCUCUCUGGUCUAUUUCAGUAUAUUCUCUCUCUCUCUGUCUUAUUUCAGUAUCUCUCUCUGGUCUUAUUUCAGUAUUCCUCUCUUCUCUCUCUUCUGGUCUUAUUUCAACAGUAUUCUCCUCUCUCUCUGGUCUUAUAUUUCAGUGAUUCUCUCUCUCUCUCUGGUCUAUUUCAUAUUCUCUCUCUCUCUCUCUCUGGUCUUGAUUUCAGUAUUCUCUCUCCUCUGGUCUUUGUCAGUAUUUCUCUCUCUCCUCUGUCUCUCUCUCUGGUCUUAUUUCAGUAUUCUCUCCUCUCUCUCGGUCUUAUUUUCAAUAUUCUCUCUCUCUCUGGUCUUAUUUCAGUAUUAUCUCUCUCUCUCUCUGGUCUUAUUUCAGUAUUCUCUCUCUCUCUCUGGCUGUGGCUGAUUGGAUCACAGUGACACAUCAUGUAUCUCCAUUCUGCUGUGAGGAGAGGUUCAGAUCAUUACUGACUGGCUGGUCUUUCUGGCUGGUGUUACUGACUGUCUGGCUUGUUGACUAACUGACAGGCUGGUUGACUGGCUGGCUGGUUGACUGUCUGGCUGGCUGGCUGGUUGACUGGCUGGCUGGUUGACUGGCUGGCUGGUUGACUGACUGGCUGGUUGACUGGCUGGUUGACUGGCUGGUUGACUGACUGGCUGGUUGACUGACUGGUUGGUUGACUGGCUGGCUGGUUGACUGGCUGGCUGGUUGACUGACUGGCUGGUUGACUGGUUGCUGAUGGUAGUAGAGGCAUGACUAUAAAACUAAGCAUUUGUUAUGUGUGUUUCAGUUCCCAGCAGUGAACCACCCCACCACCCUGGAGAGGAAGUACCUGGGGCUCAUCAGUGGAGCCCUGCUGGACCUCAUGAAG